AGUAUGCACCCCUUGCUGCUGCUUUCUGAAGGUGCAGUAUUUCCUUAGGUGACUUCGGCUGGUCAAAACAGUUUCUUGGAGGCUACAACGUUGGUUGGACAUGAUUGAUGACGAGUUUGACUUUGGUGACAUCACCGAUGCCCCAGCAGAAGUGCAAGCCGCUCCAAAGUUUCGUCCGAAUGUGCGGGCAAAGCCCCGAAAGCCAUCCGUGCCAUCAAGACCUGUUGUACCCAAUCGUUCUGUGGAAACAUCCAGUGAGAAGGUUGGAGCUUUAAGCCAAGAUAAUUUGUCUCAAGGACUUGCUACAAAUCAAGAAAUUGCAUCUUCAACCGUCCUUGGUAGUGAAACGAUUUUUGACUCGGAAGCUCGCGAGGCUACUGUUCACACGCCUUCUGAUGAUGUGCUCACAGUUUCUGCUGUAGAUACGAUUUCUCAAAGUGAAGAGCAUGAUGACGAUCAGUCUGAAGUAGCUGCACACCAAGAAAACUUGGUCGUUUCAGAUACCCAAGCAUCAUCAACAUAUUCAUCUAUCAAGACUUUUGAUGAUUUAGCUGACUUUGGAGGACUAUGUGACACACAUAUUGAAGAGGAAAGAGUUGCAAAGUUCAAGCCAAAUAAAAAGGUGAAACUCAGUAAGGCAGCAUCCAGGUCACGGAAGACGGACCAAAAGGCGGUAGCUUCUGCUGUAGACGUGGCCUCACAAAAUGAAGAGGACAGUACUAAUAAUCUCACAGGAUGCAGUGAUGAGCAGCUACAAGCUCCUAGACAUCAAGAACAUGUACAGAUCUCAGAUUCUCAACCAACCUUGGGAAUGGAUGGCAGUACAGUUGACAAUUUCUCUUACCGUGAAGAACCUAUUCAAGAGGAAACGGCUGCAGAGUUAAGCCCCAAAUCGCAAAGAAAACCUGGUAGUGUUUCUUCCAGGGUUGUUGAGACAAGUGAUAAUUCUGCAGCAGCUAAUCUGGAGGUUGGGGUUUUUGCAUCAGAUGGUGAAGACCAGAACAAUGAUCUGUGUCAAAAAUCUACAGAUCAGGAAGCCGCUACUGUUCCAGACACUUGGCCGCCACAUGAUAUCAAUGAUACUGUUGAUUUAGACUCUCAAGAUGGGCUCAUAAAUUCUCAUACUGAUGACACCCAAGCAAUCUUUGGAGAAUCCUCAGCUGAAGCGACUGGUAAAUUUCUACCUAAUGAUGGAAGGAAAAAGGGCAAACGCAAAUCAGUGACAUUUGUUUUACCGGGUGAUUCCGAGGUGGUCGCUCCAACAGAUACCAAUUCUGAGGACCGAAAUAACAUAAGGACUGAUGAAAGUUUGAACACCUUGCCUCAGCAAACAGCUCAAAAGCAUCGUCUUACUGAAGAACUUUCAGAUGAUGGGGAAUAUACUGACAAGGAGAGUCAGUACCAUGAGGGAGAACUAUCAGAUCAUGGUGUUAAAGAACAAUCAAAAAUGAAUGGUGAAAAACUAGAUUUAUCUAUGAGACUAAGAACCAGGAGAAAGGAAGUUGGGGUAUCUGAGCAUAUUACUGAUGAUAUUUUUGAUGAAGAAUAUGCUGAACCUUCAGCAGCCGAACAAGAUAAUGAUAGUGGUGAUGAGUACACUGGUGGAGAAAAGCAGAAGCCACAGAGGAAGUCAAGGGAGAAAGAUCCAAAUAAAGCACCUGUGAAGGGUUCGAGGCGCACCUCGAAGAAUUCAACUACAGAAAAGCCAGCACAGCAGCGCCAGCAAAAAAAUAAAAGUGAAGGGCAGUCACGCGGUCGUAAGAGAGCCUUGAAAGAUGCAUUGACAGAACAGCCUGAGAAGAAGCUUACUCACAGAAUUCGUCAAAAAAGAACAAAAGUUUCAGAAGUCCAAACCUUACUGGCAAAACCUGAUCAUGAGAUAGAUCGCAUGAAGCUAAGUGUGAUGCAUCUCAGGUUGUUACAAGAGGCCAGAGAGCGUAUUCAGAGUAAAACAGUUCCGUCAGGACCAUCAUCCUCUAAUCAAAGCAGCUCCCUCUAUGGAGAUACCGAUGAUUUUGAUCCGUUUGGAGAUAACUAUGCCAAUGACAGAACAGAGAAUGAUGCGUCAGAAAAUGGAAUCAAACUGAAUUACCAUUCCUACAUGAACAGAAAAACACGGGCCAGAUGGACAAAAUCUGACACUGACUUGUUCUACCAGGGACUUCAACAGUUUGGUAGUGAUUUUGCAAUGAUACAGCAACUAUUCCCUGAUAAGUCCCGUGAUCAGGUGCGGCAAAAGUUUAAAUCUGAGGAGAAAAAGCAUCCAAUGCAAGUCCAUGAUGCUAUACUCCAUCGAUCGAAAGAUAAUGUGUAUUUAAAACAAGUAAUCAAACAGCUCAACAUUGAAGAUUUGCAGAGAGACAUCAACAGUGCAGAUAAAAAGGAGGCUGCCUCAAAUGAAGGAGACACUGGAAAUGAGAAUGUGUCUCAUGUCAUCGAUGAGGAGGAAGACAAUGGUCCCAACUGGUCCGAUGACGAGCUAGGCACGCACCAAUCUGAGGUCAAAGAAGGGGAUCAUGCUUCUGGAAAUGCCGAUGAUGAUGACCUGGAUGUUUUUGAUUGGUACUAGCACGAUACUCAUGCGGCUGAAGUAGGAUCUCAUCAUUCUGUCAAUCCUGUGAGCAAAGGACUUUUUCUUUGUCAAAUAAUUUUGCACACGGUGAGUUACUGAUGCGUCACAGCUGCAAAUAGCAACAUUUGUUACGUAGGAUAGAAGUUCAUUUCAGUUUUGCUCUUAACAAUGUCCGAAACCAGAACAUCGGGAUAGUGUUCUGUUGACCAUACAUUGCAAUCUGAAGGUGCCGAAUUUUGAAGCUUUUGGUCACCUAUCAAAUAUGUGAGGCAUAUUUAGAUGCUUACAUAUCUGCAACGUAUCUCAUGCAGUCUGGCCGUGCUACUGUUAAUGAGGUGACAUGGUGUAGGCUUCUGUUAGUUGAUGCAUCGGAUCAAUCCUGAAGCUUAACAUUGAAGCUGCACUCUGAAUAGUUGUUGCUUUUUCUACGGUGCAACUUACUGCUGUACUUGAGUAGUUGUAGCUUUUUCUAUAUUUGCAACUUUGUAGUCUCCCUGAAAAUUGCUGGUUCCUGAUAGCAGGCCUGGCAGUGGCAGCAGUUGUUAUUUUGCUUCUGGUUUUCUGAAUAAAAGAAGCCAUUGCCUGUUCCAAA